AUGACCCAAGAACCAAGUGAGGUGAAUCCCGCAUACCUUAUUUUACUCUAUUUACAUUUUAGUCCCAUUAUUUGGGUAGCCGAUUACAAAUACGUCGAAUACAUUGAUGGAUCAUCGGUAGCGGUGUGUUUAACGCAAGCAGUCACCAACUGGACUAUGGGAUACUUUUUGAUGACAAUAUCCACUUUCUUUAUUCUACCUCUGCUCAUCCUAGUCGUACUCUACGCUAUAAUAGCCAAAAAUCUUAUCUCCAGUAACGGUCCAAUGUUACGUAUUCGACCAUCGAAACCAGAACUGAGCCUAAAGGCUCGCAAGCAGGUCGUGCUCAUGCUAGGCGCUGUCGUUUUAUCUUUCUUCCUUUGUUUGCUGCCUUUUCGCAUGCUCACCAUGUGGAUUAUACUAAGUUCGGAGCAGACAUUCUUCGAUAUUGGCGUUGAACGUUAUUACAGCCUCUUAUACUUCUGUCGCAUUAUGUUCUAUCUGAAUUCAGCCAUCAAUCCAAUACUCUACAAUCUAAUGUCCACAAAGUUUCGCAAAGGUUUCCUACGUCUCAUUUUGAACGCAUGGCAUGGCGCUGCUAUGUCGUUGACAUGCGGAUGCCAUAGGCGCAUACGGGCACGCACCGGCACCAUAACUGGCGUGGGAACAAACACCAAUACCAACACUUCGAACACGGCCACCAGCAAUGCAACAUCGUCCAGUUUACUUUCGCGCCAAUCUAAUCGCCGCUACAGCGAUGACACAAUCCAAACUAAUGCCAGCACAAGGCGGCCUUUUACAAAGACGCAAAUACAAAUUCAGAUGCAUAUGCCCUGUGGCAUGGAGAGUGAGAUAUUAGCGAUGCUGCAUAGUAGCGUGACGGCAGUUGCUGCGACAGCGUUGGCUAUUGAGGAUGAAGCGCUCGAAAAGAAAGGCAUUGCUGAAGACGGCCAACGGAAGUACUAUACAAUCCGGAAGUAUAAAACGCAGUCGAUAAUGCGCGAGCAAGCAGAGGCAGAGCAGGAGCAACUACCUGUAACAAAGUGUGCCAAUGUGCCAGGCCGACGUUCGGUGCAUGUAAGUUUCGAUGAUGAGGAGGCUAUUAUUUUGACGUGAUACGCUUAAGGCGAAGAGGCUAAACCAGGAAUGCAUUUUUGGCGAUAAAAUCGAAGUGAAAGUGAAUGUGUAUCUACUUAUUUAUGUAUGUAAAUGUGUUAAUGUGUGUGCGGUUGGCUGUGUUUAUAUUUAUAUGUAUUUUAAGACUAUAGAUAUGUGUAAAUUAAAUUAUCUAAUAUAACCUAUAUUUUAUACGAACUUUUCGAGGUCAAAAUAAAUACACCGCCAUCGCCUUUUUUAUUUAAUUUUAAUUAUAAUAGCAAAACUAACUCAUGUAAAACGAUAAGAUUAAACAUUAGCUAAUAAUAUUUUCAAAUAAAAGGAUAAAAUAUAAUUUGUUUUGUAAUUAACAUGAAUCAAAGCGCGAUAAUUCAGAUGGUCGGGAGGAUUUAAGUAAUGCAGAAAUUCUGGUAAACCGAGGGCUUGCGAUAUUUCGAUACUAUUCCAUACUGGAUAU